AUCCAAUCCCAAAGAAACUCUCCACGGGUGAGCCAGCGAGCAUCUUAACAUAGACGGCCUCUUACGCGGCCUCCUCCCCGGCUUCGGGCCUGCAAAGUGGCUGACUGCAGUCGCCGUGGCUAGGCAACGGUCGGAGCAUUCCCCGCGGUGUCAGCCCCGCCCCUGGAGGUGCUUCCACCUCCCGGCGCCUCGAAUCUCCUCUUCUCAUUGGCUAGAGACCUGCCAGAGGUGGGCGGGGGAAAUGCGUCAGAGAAUGAGCUCACUUCCGGCCAGGGAGCGCGCGGGUUGAUUCGUCCUUCCUCAGCCGCGGGUGCUCGCAGCUCGGAAAUGGCGGGAUUUGGUGCUAUGGAGAAAUUUUUGGUUGAGUACAAGAGUGCAGUGGAGAAGAAACUGGCAGAGUACAAAUGUAACACCAACACAGCAAUUGAACUAAAAUUAGUUCGUUUUCCUGAAGAUCUUGAGAAUGACAUUAGAACUUUCUUUCCUGAAUAUACCCAUCAACUCUUUGGGGAUGAUGAAACUGCUUUUGGUUACAAGGGUUUGAAGAUCCUGUUAUACUAUAUUGCUGGUAGCUUGUCAACAAUGUUCCGUGUUGAAUAUGCAUCUAAAGUUGAUGAGAAUUUUGACUGUGUAGAGGCAGAUGAUGUUGAGGGCAAAAUUAGACAAAUCAUCCCACCUGGAUUUUGUACAAACACAAAUGAUUUUCUCUCUUUGCUGGAAAAAGAAGUUGAUUUCAAGCCAUUUGGAACCUUACUCCAUACAUACUCUGUUCUCAGUCCAACAGGAGGGGAAAACUUUACCUUUCAGAUAUACAAGGCUGACAUGACAUGUAGAGGCUUUCGAGAAUAUCAUGAAAGGCUUCAGACCUUUUUGAUGUGGUUUAUUGAAACUGCUAGCUUUAUUGACGUGGAUGAUGAAAGAUGGCACUACUUUCUAGUAUUUGAGAAGUAUAAUAAGGAUGGAGCUACGCUCUUUGCGACCGUAGGCUACAUGACAGUCUAUAAUUACUAUGUGUACCCAGACAAAACCCGGCCACGUGUAAGUCAGAUGCUGAUACUGACUCCAUUUCAAGGUCAAGGCCAUGGUGCUCAACUUCUUGAAACAGUUCAUAGAUACUACAUUGCAUCUCCUUCUGUUCUUGAUAUUACAGCGGAAGAUCCAUCCAAAAGCUAUGUGAAAUUAAGAGACUUUGUGCUUGUGAAGCUUUGUCAAGAUUUGCCCUGUUUUUCCCGGGAAAAGUUGAUGCAAGGAUUCAGUGAAGAUAUGGCGAUAGAGGCACAACAGAAGUUCAAAAUAAAUAAGCAACAUGCUAGGCGGGUUUAUGAAAUUCUUCGACUGCUGGUAACUGACAUGAGUAAUGCUGAACAAUACAGAAGCUAUAGACUGGACAUUAAAAGAAGACUGAUUAGUCCGUAUAAGUGGCUCCUAACGUGGUCCUCCAGUCCCAUCCUCAGCAUUACUAACAGUGUUGUUCUGACAGUGUCCUACCUGAAAGUUGUUACUGGCUCCCUUCUGGCCCAGCAUGAAAAAGCAGAGAGAUCUUGCUAAAAUGAGAAAAUGUCUCAGACCAGAAGAACUGACAAACCAGAUGAACCAAAUAGAAAUAAGCAUGCAACAUGAACAGCUGGAAGAAAGCUUUCAGGAACUUGUGGAAGAUUACCGACGUGUUAUUGAACGCCUCGCUCAAGAGUAGAGAUUAUUUGGCUCUGUACAGGAAGUUUGCAAAUUUCUGUACAUUGUGUUGUGGAAAAUCUGAUGAUGACUUUAAUUUUAAACUCUUGUAACAUUUACUUACAUUAAAAGUUAUCUAUCUUUAGUUGAAUAUUUUCUUUUGGAGAGAUUGUAUAUUUUAAAAUACUGUUUAGAGUCUAUGAGCAUAUAUUACAUUUUAAAAAAAUAUAUAGCUUCUGAAAUACCACUGCAGUUGCUUCCCUUCUUAACAGUAUAAUAAAUGCUUAGUUGUGAUAUGCUAAUGUGUGAUGGUAUGAUUCUUAAGUACUAACAAUAAACUUUUUGGUCUUGUUAAAAAACUUCAGGUUUUCACAUCACAUAAUACCCUCUAGGUCCAUUCAUGUUGUCACAAAUGGCUUUUAGGCUAAUUUUAGGCACCUUUAAAAUGCAUUUCUUUAAGGUCUUCCUAGUAAUCUUGUUUUUCCUGUGUGAUUUCUCCAAAUACGAAAUAUUCCUAGUAUAGAUUUGUUUUGUUUUAAAUAAACUCUUCUAUUAACUGUUUGUUGGGGGCAGGAUGGGUGGGUAAAAGAGAGAAAGGAAACUAGAUAUAGCCUAAAGCCAAAAUGUUUGACAUCACAUAUUAAUUGAGGAUAAUUUAUAAGUUAGCAUAAAUGUAUAAAUAAAAUUUUGAAAAAAGUUAGCAUAAAAGUUUUAUAAAUAAUAAUGUAAAAUGAUAAAUCAGUUUAUAAAAAUCAAUUUAUACACCAUUAUUGAAAUAUAUCUUGUGUAAAAUGAGGUUUAUAUGUGUUGUGAUUUGUUACAAGGUUCUGAAGAUGUCGAAGUCCAACAGGAUAAAAGCCCAAAGUAAUGAUAAACUGCUUACUAUAGUUUUACUUUAUUUUUAUUAGAGUAUAAAUAAAUUGCUUGAUAU